CUGUUUGAAUGCCCCACGCAAGGACAUAAUCCCGCUCCUCGGGAAAAUCUAUGUUUUGAAUCCCAUCUUGAUCCCAUCCAAACGUCUCGGGUUUAAACUUGCAAUUGGUUGCGCCCGACCUCCAAAAACUCAGUAAAUCUCUGAAUUGCGACCAAAACGCCCUUUACGAGGCGUGUUUGAUACAUUCGACCUUGACUACGACUAGGAACCUACACUUUGAACAGUGCCACCCAAACACGACAUACAUUAAUAGCUCGCUCGCUCCACCAUGCCCUGGCCUGCUCACAUUGUCGCGAAGUCCUCUCGUCUGCUGGACACAGAGACGAUCGGGAAGUUCUAUGGGUUCUACAAUAGUAUUCUCAAUGAAUGCUUCCCUUCCACCCGGUUCACGAUCAUGCCCCAGUACGUCACUGUAGAUAUGAUAGGUGGUACCGGCGCCAUCGAGGGCCGUGCGAUCACCUAUGUCAUUGAGCCGUUAGAUUUCCAGAGCCCCAUUUUCUUCAUCGAUAUCAAGCCUCCCACACACCUUCUCUCUUUAUCCGCCCGUAAAAAUGCCGAAGACCAAGUCCGAUACCGGUUCUGGCAACUUUCCCAUCUCGUCCGAAUUCCAAAGUUGUAUGGAGUCAGCGCUGUGGGAAGACAACUGUCCUUCUACACAUAUGAUAGAGCCAGCCGUACUGUCGAACCUGGUCCCUUGGCCCCUAUUGAAAGGUGGAACACGAAUAUCAUGGAGGAGGUGGGUCGUGCCAAGUUCUUGGCGGUAGUGGAGGAGAUUAAGCAAAUGGUCGCUAUCAUUGAGGCGGUAGAGGUGGUAGAGGUAGAGAUAGAGGUACCGUGAUAUAAUUUGUCCCUAUGAGCUAGUCUGUGGCAUCGCGGUCACUCAGUAUCAUUGGUAGUGAGGGAAUGGUGCACUGCUUCACCACAUCCAGACGUCCUGAAUCUCCGUCGUUAAGAAAGUUGGGGACCAUCAACGGAACAUCGUGUUCUACGCUGAUGACCCAUUCCUCUUUUGGUCCAAGAGCACACAGCAAGCUCCCGAGGGAGUAAGCCUCGCUACUUGAUUUUGGUCCUCUCUUCCGCACGAGAAAGAGUCUACAAGUACAGCUCGAAUUGCCUGGUAAUAAUCCGUACGUUGAUAGGGAGUUGGGAGCACUAAGGGCCGUUUUCUGUAUAACAAUUAGAGCGUGAAUGGGAAACGAGAUGAGGUAGC